CCGCCGGCCGAGGGGAGGCGCGGGCAGACCGACUCUCCCUUGCUCUCCAGCCCCCGCCUCCCCCUGUCGCCAGCCGGACCUGCACCCCGCGCUUGCCCCCGCUCAUCCUCCCCCCGCCCGGCCCGGCGCGCUCCUCCCCGGCCGGCCCCUCCGCGCGCGGCGCGCUGGAGGCGAACGCGGGCUGAGCCGAGCGCAGUGGCCGCAGACCACCGAGCGCCCCGCGCCGCUCCCUGCAUGUGCGGCCCGCGGCGGCUCGCAGCCCCCGGCAGCAGCCUCGGCAGCUUCGGCCGCGCCUCGAGAGGCGGCUGCAGCGGCUCCAGCGGCGGCCGAGCGGCCGAGCCCGGGCUGGGAGACACGAUGCGCCGCGUCCUCCGGCUGCUCCUCGGCUGCUUCCUCACCGAGCUGUGCGCCCGCGUGUGCCGGGCGCAGGAGCGAGCGGGGCACGGGCAGCUGGCGCAGCUGGGCGGCGUGCUGGUGCUGGCGGGGGGCAACCGCUCCGGGGCCGCCUCCGGAGAGGCUGGCGAGGGCACGGGGGUCUCGGACGCGCCCCCGACCCGGGCGCCCACGCCAGACUUCUGCCGGGGCUACUUCGAUGUCAUGGGCCAGUGGGACCCGCCGUUCAACUGCAGCUCGGGCGACUUCAUCUUCUGCUGCGGGACUUGUGGCUUCCGGUUCUGCUGCACGUUUAAGAAGCGGCGACUGAACCAGAGCACCUGCACCAACUACGACACACCGCUUUGGCUCAACACGGGCAAGCCCCCCGCGCGCAAGGACGACCCCCUGCACGACCCCACCAAGGACAAGACCAACCUCAUCGUUUACAUCAUCUGCGGGGUGGUGGCCGUCAUGGUGCUCGUGGGCAUCUUCACCAAGCUGGGGCUGGAGAAAGCGCACCGGCCCCAAAGGGAACACAUGUCCAGGGCCCUUGCGGAUGUCAUGAGGCCACAGGGCCACUGCAACACUGACCACAUGGAGAGAGACCUCAACAUUGUGGUCCAUGUCCAGCAUUACGAGAACAUGGACACCCGAACCCCUAUAAAUAAUCUUCAUGCUACCCAGAUGAACAACGCAGUGCCCACCUCCCCUUUGCUCCAGCAGAUGGGCCAUCCACAUUCGUACCCCAACCUGGGCCAGAUCUCUAAUCCCUAUGAACAACAGCCACCAGGCAAAGAGCUCAACAAGUACGCCUCCUUGAAGGCGGUCGGUGCAGCCCUGAGCUUCCAGCAGGAGUCCUGGUCUCUCAGCGAUGGUUUCUCAACUAUGGCCCCUUCCAGAUCCUUCCAGUUCCCACAGAAGUGUUUCCAGGGGCUGCAGUAUGGAGAUGUGCACAGAGCUGAUAAAAACGGGGCAAGGAACAGAACACGUGUGGCUUUUCCAGCGGGGAUGGUUCUUGUUUAAACUUUGGUUUUACAUUUGUUUUGAUAUUUGAAUUUGAAGCAAGGCCAGGAAAGAGGAAAAUCUGCAAUUAUAAUUGCUUUUUACCCUGGUAAAAUGAAGGUUUAAAAUGAAAUGGUAGAUUAGAAUGGAGGCAAACAGCAAUAGGCUCUGGAGUCAAGAGACCCAGGUUCCCAUUCAGAUUUCUCUCUCUGUGCUGGGUGACCUCGGGCAACUGGCUCACCUUUCUGAACCUUGGUUUGCUUAUCUGUAAUAAUGAUGCCAACCUUUUGGGUUUGGGGGAAGACUUAAAAGAGAUAAUGCAUGCCAAGUUCCCCACACAUAAAGGGAAGGUUUCCUCAUUGUUGUUUUGUAGUUAUUUACGCACACAACUUCCUAGGGAGACAGCAGUCACCUCUGGAGAAUGGCUUCUUCUGAAGGCCAGGUCUUACCCCUGGAGCCCAUACAGCAAUGUCAAAUCUGAAGUCAAUGACUCCUUAUCCUUGGUUUGGGAAGGGAGGCUGACAAGCUGGAUGGGCAGGGCUGAGGGGGACGAUAUUAUUUGGCAAAGGCAGUGAAAGAUUCCAUUUAUAGCUGGGCUAACUAUGGACUCAUCUCUGGCCAUCACUCUCUGGGCCUCAGUAUCACCAUUUGUACCAUGAGGCGGGUAGAAUUUGAACAUCUUUAAACUAUCUUCAUUCUUUGAUACUCUAGUCUAGUGCUAUUCAAUGAAAACCUCUGCAAUGAUGGAAGAAUUCUAUGUCUGUGCCCCCCAAGAUGGUAACCAUUAGCCAGAUGGAGCUAUCGAGCACUUGAAAUGUGGCUGGUGCAACCAGGAACUGAAUUUUUAACCUUAUUUAAUUUUAAUAAAUUUGAAUUCGAACAUAAAUAGCCCAUGUGGCUAGUGGCUACCAUAUUGGAUAGCACAGCUCCAGGAUUCUGGGAAUCCACAAUAAGGAUUCUAAAUGGAACUAUGAUCCCCAGAUUGUGACUAUCUUCAUCCACCUAUAGGUGGCAUUGGGAGGGCAUGGUUAAGAUCAAUUGUAAGACCAGCAGAUUCUAAUACCUAUGAGGUCAAGGACCAUGUCUCUCUCGUGAUGGCUUUCUCUGUAGAGCUUUGCACAGUGUGUGGCACAUAACUGGUGAUCAAUAACAUUACUCUGAAUGAAUGAAUGAUCUUUCCCCAGGAUUCCUUCUUUUGUCUUCCUACUAUAGGCUGAAAUUCCCCUAAGAACAAAUAAUUCUGACAGCUUUUGUACUGUGGGGUCUACAAUUCAUCUGUUAAGAUGCAGCUACCCCAGGGAAAUUAUUGCAAUAAAGCCAUUAUUAGAAUCCCACCUGCAUUAAUCUACCAGAUGAGUGGAACACUGAGAAGAGAAAUACAAAGGAGGACAUGCUGAAAGUAAAUGGAAAGAGGGGAAUUCUAUACUUCGAGAAGCCUAUGUUUGCUGUAAUGUGGGUGUGGCCUUGUCUAUUCAGGUGUGUCUGUCUGAGAAUCUCUGCUUGUGUUUGCACAUAGAUGUGUGCAAUCCUUAGAUGGGAUUUAUGUAUUGUUAGAAGGUUGGGCUCCAUAUGACAAAAAUAAUAAUUAUAGUCACCCUAGUAAUAAUUUCUACCAAGUAAUAGCUAAUGUGACCUUGAGUAAGUACUUGACCUUUUAGAACUCUCUGGCUGUGAAAUGGGGACAGUAAUAGAAAUUGUAUAAAUGAGACAUUUUUGUAAAGUACCUAAUACAAUACCAGACAGAUAAUAGGUACUCAGGAAAUGCUUGCUAAAUAACAUAAUAGAAUUGUGAUUAUAUAUUGUGUAUGUCUAUGUAUUGUAUAUGUCUUAGUAAUUAUAUGAAGUACCUUAUAAAUAUUCUCUCUUUUAAUUCUCAUAACCGUGUUGCCAGCUAGGUAGUACAUUCUUCUUCUUUUACAGAUUGGAAUGGACUCAAAAAAGCUGAGUGUCUCAACAGAGUUCAGCCAACUAGAUCUACAAAUCAGCCAGCAUCGAAGAGUAGCAGUAAUGGACAUUUAGUGGGCUAAUAUGAAAAGAUCAUUGGAAAUGAGCACAGGCUGAACUUGAGAUCUGCAGCCUUGCCUCAAUGCUGCUGAGGUCCCUGGAGCCAGAAAGGCCUUGAGUAGCCAGAUAUCUGCGUAACAGUUUUCCAUCCUUUCCUGUCUUAGCAGCUAAUUCAGCUAGCUGAAUAUGGCUCCAGGCUCAGAGCCAGUCAGGGCCAUAUGAAAACUCGCCCGUAGGUGGAUAAGUGAGGAGUGUCUGUUUCCUUCUUUUUUGCAUGCAGAACCUAGACUGUAUGAUUUAUGAAGUUUAGCAGGGGUGCCGGGGAGGCUAGUCAAGGCCUAUUUUGAAUGUCAAGGGCUGAGAUGAAGCAGUUCAUGUCAGAGAAUAAGGAAAUAGCAACAGCUGCCUCUCCAGAUGAGCUUCCCUCCACCCAUUCCCUCAUCCACAUCCCAUCCUAAGGAUGUGGGUGGCUGCAAAGUUGUAUUUCCGAGAGGGACAAAAUUGGGUGCAGUGGGGGAAACUUGAGACAUUAUUGUAAUUUUGGAGGUGCAAAAUCUUUGUGAAAUCUUCUCCCUUUGAAUCAAACCUAGUCUGAAAAUUUGUUCAACUCCCAUGUCGUGAGAGAUACCAUCCAGUC